CCGAGAAUAGGCGCCCCUAUAUGGAGAUCCCGUUUGGGCUCUCUAUGGCAGCUGACUGCCAUACUGUCCUUGCUUGUUUUUGUUUUGAUGCCUUCUCCCUCCUUUUCUUUCCUUUCGCUUGGCUUCUUCCCACAGGAUCCAUGGAAACAGAACCACCCAAAGCAACGUUUGACGACUACAUGGAUCGUCUCACCGCGCAGUCCCAGCAGUUGUCUCAACAGUUAAAUACUAUUCUGAAACAUCAACAGGAGAAUCCUACUUCAGACGACGAUGAGUCUUACACUACAGGGUCUCCACAGCGCGUAUAUCAACAAAACCGUCGAAGAGGAUCGAGUCUCGACUCAGAAGGUCGUCAAGAAUGGCGGGUUGCCAAACGGCGUCAGUAUCGGUCACACUCAGUGCCGUCCAUGCGAGCCCCCAUUUAUUACAGUCCGGAAGAAAGUAGAACGAGUUUGAGCGAAGCAUCCGGGACCGGUAGUGGGAGUCUGAGUGAUGAUGAGUCGGAUAGUGCGUCGCAAACGGAUGACUCACAGCGAAUGGUGGCUCGUCGAGGGAGUUGGGAUCCAAUGCAGCCAGCACCUUUUGAAGCUCGUAUUCAACACUAUGAACGACAUCCUCAUAUUCGUACUCAGUCGGGUCCAAGUUCGGCGGGUCCAGUGAUACAGCGGCAUUCCACCGUGAUUGGCUUCACUCAACCAGCCAUGAUGUAUGCUGAGCCUAUGCCGCCAGACAUACCCAUGGUGCACCCGCCUAUCCUGUUUGGUCCUCCCAUGGGAGUGCCACCCGAAUUCAUGGGCGGUGAUUCUGGCGUUAUGUCUUCGGCCAUGCUGGCGGAUGCUAUGCUGGACGUUGCUCCUCCUAUGGGUCCACCUGGACACGACAUGGGUCCGUUUCACGGUCCAGGCGAUAUGGAGCAUGACAUGGUUCAAUUUCAGCCACAGGAGCAUUAUCCGCCGCCGCAGGAACACUAUCCACCACAAGAGCACUAUCCGCCGCCGCAGGAACACUAUCCACCACAAGAGCACUAUCCGCCACCGCAGGAACAGUAUCCACCACAAGAGCACUAUCCGCCGCCGCAGGAACACUAUCCACCACAAGAGCGCUAUCCACCCUCUUCCGCUAUGGACCAUUAUCAACAAGGCGAUGCUAAAUCCCCACCAAAGCCACUACCUCGUCAUCAACGCAUGGUGGCGGCUAUCAAACAGCGUCUAGGUAGAGCGGCCGAGCAGCAAUCGAUUCGAUAUGGUGUGAUCAGUCAAAGAAUGUUUGAGCCGCCGCCGCCACCGCAGACAGAAGCCAAUGCUAGUGGACCGUCCCGACAAUCCUCCUUGGCACGAAGAAGAUCGGCACGGCAAAGUCAAGUGUAUACUGCCAAUCUCGACAGCCCCGAAGCUAUGCAAUGGUGUUUUCGUCGUCAACGGCGUCUAAAGUCUCUCCCAUGGGAGCCUUUUGACCCAAUCUACCAAUCGGCCAUAAAGGACGCAAGCAAUCAGAACAAACCAUGCGUCAUACAGGAUAGUCAUUUUUCACAAAUGGUCAAGGUGAUUCCUUCCGACGGAUAUGCCAUUUGUCGCAAAAUGCAUGGCCAUAUGCUGUAUGAUGUUGCGUUUCUUGAUCCCACCAAACAAUCCCGCACGGUUUUCUUCUGCAUACCUAUGCGUCGUCGUCGCAACCCUUCUCAUCUACAGUGAGUGGAUGUAUGCAUUUAUGUAUGUUAUAUCGUCUCGUUUUGCACCUACUUGUAUAGCAACACCCUACAGAAAUAUAUUUUUUUUCUUUAACCCAUCCAGUACUACAUUUUAAUGCGAGCACCAAUAAAUGCACGGCCAGCCAGUUUAUGUUGCUUCUACACAUUCACUUUAUUGCUUUUCCUUUAUAUUCUUUUUGAGCGAGGGUAUGAAAAACGCUUUUGAUGAGUUGUUAUAUUCAACAAUAAAUUUUUGCAAGAGAUAAAGGGAGUGAA